GCUCGAGCCACGUAUGCGUUGACAACUGACUCCUUCUUUGGACGAAUACCAUCAAAAAGCUGAUACGGUACAUGUGUCCAAAACACGACUUUACGCCUUCUUUUGUGGAGCAUAAAAGAGACAGCACCAACAAUCAAGUUGCCAACAACCUCUCCACAAGUGAAAUCAACUCAUCAUCAUGUUUAUCCGCCUCUCUACUGUUUCCGCUGUUCUCCUCGGCUUGACGGCCCUUGUAAACGCUGGAGUGCCAGCCAAUUAUAUAGCACUUGCGCGCGAAGAGUAUUCUGAACCGGUUCAACGCCAGCCAGGAAAACAGCGCGGCAACUUCUAUGCACUUCCAAACUAUUAUGAAGAACCAGUUACAAGGGACCUCGAUUUAGAAUAGUGCUCA